AUGGAUCAUGGAGACCAUGGGUUUAGAUGUUCGAUGAAAAUGCUUUUCAACUGGGAUAUUACAAAUCUUUGUAUCGUAUUUUCUUGGUGGAAAGUAAACGGAAUUCCAUCACUGCUUUUAUCUUGUUUAAUUGUUGGUUCAUUAGGAGCUUUUUACGAGCUUUUAAGAUAUUGGUCAAGAAAAUUUGAUGAAAAGAUAUGCGAGGCAAGUUACCAACAAAUUAAUAAUAAUGAGGAAGAAAAUCAACCCAAUCCUGUGAAUCGUACCAUCAGUGUAGUUGUUGGUACAGGAAUUGGAUUCUUUCUUUUUGGUAAACAAACGCUUUCAAGGAUGGAUGAGGAUGAUAGAAUUGCAGGUUGCCACUGA